AUUGCGCUGCUAUACCAGCAGGUGUCGCUUUUAUACUCAAACACUUUAGAAAAAAAAAUCCAUGGAACUUUGUUAAUGUUUUUUUCUCUCUCUCGUGCUUCAGUUUAGAAGGUCGCUCGUGCUGCCAGAUCACCUCAGGAUCUAUGAAGAACGUGCCUAUGUAUAAAGAAGAUGAUCUAAAACCUCCACAUCUCCAGCUUUACUGAAGAUUAUCUCCUUGAGAGACCCAAAUAUCCCGGAUUUAGGGUGAAAGGGUGAGGCUGGCUGGACUGUCUCCGGAGGUUCAACCAGUGCACGUCUCCUUCCAGUGCGGUGUGGAGGAGAUACGCGGUGUGGGAGGCGGUAAAUCAGAGGGAACACUGGAUAUACACUGGGUUUAGUGGGACAGCAGCAGCUUGUGAGCAGGACCAGGAGCUGGCUCUAUAGUGACCAUGUGGAUUCUCUCGCGCUAAUGGAGCGGUGCGUAAUUCCUGCCAGCCUGCUCUGUCCCAGGCUCUGCAGAGCGUCCGGCCGCCUGUGGCGGUGGUGGAGGCACGCCCGUGCCCGGAGGAGCGCGCUGCUGGCCGGCCUGUGCUUCGUGUACCUGCUGUUCGCCGUGCUCCAGGUCAGCCCCUCGCCGGCUGCUGGGAAACCGGGCGUUGGCACCGGUACCUUUGUCCCGUUGCGCCCUGGGAACGCUGGCCAGAAUACGCACGAGCCUCCGGCGCCCACACGCUCUAACGUGGUGUACAUCACCCUCAGGUCCAAACGGCACAAGCCCGCCGUCAUCCGGGCCACGCUGAAGCCCAAGCAGCGCAAGAAACGGGGCGCGAGGAACCUGGUGGCGCGUGACACGCAGGCGCGCGGGGAUAAAGGCACGCAUGUCCAGGACGCAUGGCCACCAAAGCGCACCAACUACAACAGCAACAGCAGCAUCGAUACUGACCCCUGGACGCAGGUCAUCCAGCGGGGACUGGCUCUAUACAGAGCGGGCCAGCGCGUGCAGGAGGAUGCCACGGAUCACCGUUAUGCCAACAGUGGCAGCAGCUCCAUCAGGAUCUACAGCCAGAAGCCUCCGCCGUGGCUCAGCCAGGAGGACAUGGCCCACAUGCGCCUUCUGGCCGGCAGCAGGGUCAGGACGCUGGAACAGGUCCAGCCUGAGGGGUCUCAAGCUGUCCUACUGUUCAGGGGUGAAGUCCAGGGUACCCCGGACCCCUCAGACCCCUCACAGUGCAGUAGGGGAGGAUGUGGUGUCAUCAGGUCUCCAGUUGAUAUGAGUGAAGUGUUCGCCUUCCAUUUGGACCGGGUCCUAGGACUCAACAGGAGCCUGCCCACUGUCAGCAGGAGGUUCCGGGCACUGGAUGGUCAGCUGUGUCCUGUGAUGCUAUGGGACCCGACAGUCAGUCCUGUAUCUGCUCAGCUGACCUGGAGCUCGUACCAAACCUUCCUCAAACACAGGUGUUGGCAGCGUGGCACGCCGAAGCCUGAGUGGGGCUGUACCAGCAUCCACCACCAUGAGUGGAGCAAAGUGGCACUGUUUGACUUUCUAUUGCAGAUCCACCAGCGGCUGGACCGGAACUGUUGUGGAUUCAGGCCGCUCCCAGAGGACAGCUGUGUUGUCCUGGGUUACCAUGGUGAAUGUGGGGACGUAGAUGUGGAACUGUCUAGUAUCGUUCACCGCAGACAUGACCCCCAUCACCUCGUCUUCAUCAAUAACAAGGGCUUCUUCGACCGGGAUGAAGGAAACCUCGACUUCAGACUGCUGGAAGGAAUCAAAGAGCUGCCGGAUGUGGCCGUGGGUGUGCUGCGUUCUCAGCGUUUGAGGGAGAAGCUCUUGCAGUCUCUGUUCCUGGAUCAGCUGUACUGGGACAGUCAGGGUGGACGGCAGGGCAUCGAGAAGCUCAUUGACGUCAUUGAGAGACGGGCCAGAGUUCUGCUCAGAUACAUCAACGCCCACGGCAUCACAGUCAUACCCAUGAACACAUAAUGAUCCAGAUGAAGAGGACUCUUAGUUUAUUCUAGAAAUAGAA